GGGUGUUUGGCUGAGAGUGGUCGCUGGAACCCCAAAGGCGUGCUACAAUAAAUCUGCUGGCCAACUAGCCAUUCGUAAAGCAAACCAAGGUUUCUUCUGCUUCCAGCACAGUGAGGCUCUCUCCCCCCAUAACUCGCUGUAACAAAGGACAAGCUCCUCGCAACAUAAGUCCACGGAUUUGGAAACCAGUUUGGAACCAUCUGUCUACUGCUUUCUAGAAAAAGAGGCAGGCAGGACCAGCAGUAACACCAGAACCGCACUUCACCGCAGUCCGUCCGAACUUUACCGGUACGACUGAGCUCCCCGCCAGCACCGGGUCAUCGAUCUCGCGAGAUGAUGGGUCCUCGAAAGGCACAAACUUCCCCCUUUGCGAGCGCCGAGGUUUUGCUGUCAAAUUCCGGGAGUGCGGAAGUGGCCCCGUGGUGCUGCCUCUAACCGUUCAGAAGUCAACUCCUUUUCUACACGAAAAGCUAGGCCUCAGACCGCUAUGGAUGGGCAGCAAGGGCAACCAAGCCAAGCAUCGCUGGCACUCGCCCAAGCUCACUUCAACAAGGGGGAAUACGCGGAAGCCGAGACGCUCUACUCCGCUUACAUUCGCCAGUGCGCCUGUGCAGGCUCCGAGGGAGCUGCGCCCGUGAGCAAAUGCAGCCCUGAGGAUUUGGCUACUGCGUAUAACAACAGGGGGCAAAUCAAGUACUUGAGGGUUGAUUUUUAUGAAGCCAUGGAUGACUACACAUCUGCCAUACAAGUCCAGCCCACGUUCGAAGUUCCGUAUUACAACAGAGGGUUGAUAUUGUAUAGGCUGGGAUACUUUGACGAUGCUUUGGAAGAUUUCAAGAAGGUAUUAGACUUAAAUCCUGGAUUCCAAGAUGCUACUUUGAGCUUAAAACAGACUAUUCUAGACAAAGAAGAAAAACAAAGAAGAAUUAAUGAAAAAAAUUAUUGAAAGUUUUAGCAUAAUUGAAAUAUUAACACAUGAUCCUUAUACCUGGCAUCUCGUUGCUUGUAAUGUCAAGUUAGGUGUUGAGCUAUUUCGAUUUAUAUUUAAGGUAGAGAUUCAUUAUUAGCACUGAAAGUUAAGUGAUGUAUUUAAAGUAGUUAAUUUCAGAUUGAGUAACUAUGUUGAAUAAGUUGCUUUUUAUAAAGUGUAAAUAAAUAAUACCAAGGUAUAGUGUGUUAUUACAGUAAAAUAUUCAAAGAAGAGUGUGGCAUUUUCUUCAGUAAAACUAUAUUUUUUGUUGUUUUCUAUUCCCAACUUUGUAUUUAAAAAAUUUGGCAUCUACAGAAAAGUUGAAGUACAAUACAACGAACAUCUAUAAACUCUUCACUUGGAUUCGCUAGUUGUUA